UGCCCCCGAACCACUGCUGCCAGAAUAUUGCACAGCAACAUUUGGGCACCAAAUGGAAGAUGCAGCUGGCACAUGAGCCACGUGCAUCACUCUGACAGGCCAGGGGGGCAGGAAGGUGCUGGCUGUGCACAGUGCAAGAGCAGCUACGAGCCCAGCCCCGUGCUCACCCUGUUCUGCCAGCUUUAUUCCCUUCCUGCAUGAGGAAUGAGAGAUACUCACUGAACAGAAGGAACUCACACAUGCAAAGGCAGUUUUAUUCCAACUGCCCACAGUUCCUUCUAGCCUGCAAUACCCCACUGCCUUGAGCUCCAGAGUAGGACCAGCACAGGCAGGAUUCUCAGGCAGAUUUUUCCAGAGGCAUCCAAUCAUCUUGCAGAGGAGGCCACACUGCCCUUGCAGCAAUGCUGGGCUCAGCUGGGAGCAGGGUGGGCAGAUGUGGCACCGCCACAGCCCAGAUGAGCUGCAGGACAAACAGGGGUAGGAAACACCACAAGACUGCAAAAAGUCUGAAAUUCAGACUGGCUGGGAUCACAUGGAGCAGGCAGCCUUCCCAAAAGGCUGCUGUUUAGCUCAGUCUCUGCUCUACCCCCCCUUCUCCCACCCCGCAGCUGCAGGAGGCUUGGGAACCUGCAGGGGCCAUUCCCUGUUGCUGGGAAAUCUGGCUACUGAAACCACAACAGUGUCAGUGGCAAACACAGCCUGUUCCCUGGGCACUCCAGAAGCUCCCACCACUGCCUGCAGGAAGGCACCCGGCACAAGCAGCCCCUCAGCACAGCCCUGGGCCCCCAGCAAAGGGGAGCAGCUCUGGGAGAGGAAAGCCAUGUUCAUCACAGUGAGAUACGGAGCCAACUGCCAAGUGAUGGUGAACCUGCAGUGCUCUGUUCUGAUCCUCACAACUCACCUGAAGAGGAAGUGUCAGUGCAGGCCUGAAGACUGCAUUGAUCUUUUGGAUGAAACAGGCACCCUGAUGAACCUGAGCAAAGUGGAAAAUCCUGCAUCCGAAUACAGCAGUAAAUACCUCCAGGAAAGGGAGCACUACAUCCUCAUCAGAGUCAUCCGAGACAAAAACUCUGAAGCCACCUCCUAUGAAUCCUUGCUAGAGGACCUGGAGAAACACUACCCUGACCUAACAGAUCGGCUGCAGCAGCUCUCGGCAAAGACCCAGAGGAGAGACCAGUGGAGGAAGGGAACCUCGCAGAGGAAGGCUCAGCCCCACUUCAGCACCCAGUUAAGGAACAAAACCACCUCAAAGAAGAAGAGGGGCUCAGAGUUCAAGACCCCUAAAUGAGGAACAGACCCAUUCCUGGUCACGUGCACAGCACAGCCACCACCAGGACUCAGCCACCCCCCCAGCUUAUUCCUAGUUCAGCAAGAGUCCCUUGCUACUGAGAUCCUCUUCCUGGGGUGCCCUGCUCCUCAAAGGUUCACACUACCACAUCCAAAGCUGUAUCCUGACAAACCAGGCAAACACAGCACCACAGCCAGGCACAAGCAGC